AUGACUAGUGUUCUGCUAUCGAUAUUCCUCUCGUUGACAAGCGUUUUGCCAUCACCAACAGAAGGAAUCGCAUCAGCAACACAAGGAAUCACAUCACCAACAGAAGGAAUCACAUGGCGACGCUCAGGAACCAGAACCGGCUUCCCACUUUAUAUUAUCGUCGGUUUGCCAAGAUUUGAAGGGAACAAAGUCCGUAAUCCUUAUGGUUUAACAAUCGAUAAAGCGAAACCAGUUUUUGAUGUAGCCGUCGAAGAUGUUUAUUAUCGACAUCAAUUGCUAGAGAGUGGAUCUUUUGAAGUGAUCUUUGAAGACUCUCAAUUAAGUGAUUCAAUCGGACCACAAGUUGUCAUCGAACAUUAUGUGAAUGGUACAAUUGAUGCUGUUAUGGGUUUACCAUAUGUUUUUUCAUUAGCACCAGUUGCUCGACUAUCAACUUUUUGGCAUGGCGGUGUCCCUGUCUUUACAACGACUGGGAUGACUGAGGAAUUGGGGAAUAAAAGAGAAUUCCCAUUGCUCACAAGGAUUGUUGGAAACUAUCGCUAUAUUGGGAAGCUCGUGAAUGAUUUAUUGGUUGAGAGAGAGUGGAAAAACGUGAACUUUAUGUUCGAUGAUGUGCUUGGUGUGUCGACGACUGGGGAAAGGGAUGGCGCUCGAUCGGAGUGCUAUUUUGCGUUGAACACAAUCAAGAAUGUUAUUGGAAAACAAUUGGAGUGGACCGUGAAAAUGUUCAGCGAGAGGCUGGCAACACGCGAGAAUUAUACAAUUUUGUUGAAAGAGGUGUCGAUGAAAGCGAAUAUCAUCAUCCUCUGUGCUUCACCGGAAACCGUGCGAGAGAUCAUGCUGGCCGCUUACGAUUUAGGAAUGGCCACCUCGGGUGACUACGUUUUCAUCAACAUCGAUGUAUCGACUGGCUCACACGCCGAGCAACCGUGGGUACGCGCCAACGAUAGCGACAAGAACAGCGCCGAGAAUCAGAAAGCGAAAGAGGCGUACAAGGCCUUGAAAACGAUCUCUUUGCGCCGGAGUGACCAGGAAGAGUAUAAGCAGUUCGAGACACGGGUCGUCGAGCGAGCCAACAAGAAGUACCACUACAAGGAGAAGAUGCACAAAGAGUAUGAGAUGAACAACUUCAUUUCUGCUUUCUACGAUGCUGUUUUGCUGUACGCUAUUGCUUUGAAUGAGACGCUGAGGGAUGGGUUGGACCCUCGAAACGGGCACAAUAUUACGAGUAAAAUGUGGGGCAGGACUUUCGCUGGUAUUACGGGUAACGUAUCGAUUGACAAGAAUGGCGAUCGAUACUCGGACUAUUCCCUCUUUGAUCUCGACCCGGAUAGGGACAAAUUUGUGGAAGUCGCCUACUACUCAGGCGCAGCGAACAAACUCGAAUCAGUCGGCACGAUUCAUUGGGUUGGCGGGAAACCACCAAGAGAUAUGCCGAUUUGCGGAUUUGACAAAAGCAAAUGUCCAAAAGGUUAUCCGUUACACGUUUAUCUUCUCUGCGGUGCCGGUGCAGCGAUCAUCAUUCUCGCAUUAUUAUUCGCUUUCUUUUUAAGAAGAUAUCGCCUUGAACAAGAGCUCGCAGCGAUGUCAUGGAAGAUUCGAUGGGAGGAACUUGAUGGAGAAGAGAGUACAAAGAAAGAGAAAAAGAAACGAAAAAGGAAAAACAUGUUCGAUUUUGAGGGAGAAGCUUUGAUUCGAUCUGGUUCAAGGGGAUCAUUGAACUCGGACAAGAAAAAUCGAAAAUCCGCGUCGCCGACUGUUUCGACCGCCGUUGUUUCGUUUGACGAGGAAGCGAUCGGCCUCGUGAGAAUGCGUUUGAGAAGCUCGUCUUCUGGAGCAACGCGGAAAAUCUCGGCGAUGAUCGAUCGAAAAUUCUCGCAAUUUUUAACGAGAAAGAAAAGCUCGCCGAAUGCUGAGAAAAACGGAGCGCCGGCUGGUGGUGCUUUCUCUGGUGUUGAGAGGCCGGGAAUGCUUGGCGGUCACACAAAUACGAUCCAUUCUCUCAAAGAAGUUGACAGUGACGGUGAAACGUCUCCACUAAACAAUCAUCAAGAAGUUCGAUUCAAUGAUAGACGGGUAAGCUCACCGGUGAGCUCAAAUUCGGAUUACCGAAAAAAGAUCUCAAAUGAGGAGUCGAUUAGCAACAAGAAAGGAUCAGUGAGCCUACGAGGACGGAAACUUUCCUUUGCCGGGAUUUCAUUAAAGAGCGGUGGCUCGGCGGAGACAAUCCAGCUGCAGAAUAAUGCGCAAAUCUAUACGAAAACUGCUGUUUACAAGGGUACAAUGGUGGCGAUCAAAUCGCUAGCGAUAGACACGAAAAAGUACCCAAAGCUCGAGAUGUCUCGUGCGAUGUUGAUGGAGUUUAAGAAGAUGAAGGAUUUACAACAUGAUCAUAUCACAAGAUUCACGGGUGCUUGCGUCGAUUGUCCUCAUUACUGCAUUGUGACCGAGUAUUGUCCAAAGGGAUCACUAGAGGACAUUCUGGAGAACGAUAAAAUCGAGUUGGACAAAAUGAUGAAGUAUUCAUUGUUGCACGAUCUCGUUAAGGGUAUGUACUUCUUGCACAACUCCGAGCUCCGUACUCAUGGGAAGUUGAAGUCGAGCAACUGUGUCGUUGAUAGUCGUUUCGUGCUCAAAGUGACUGAUUUCGGCCUUCACAAGCUUCACGCCCUCGAAGAGCACAAUAUUGAGGAGAUCGGCGAGCACGCUUUUCACAAGAAAAAGCUGUGGACAGCGCCUGAAUUGCUCCGUGACACGAAUCCGCCCAUUCAGGGGACACAAAAGGGAGAUAUUUACUCAUUCGCGAUUAUUUUGCAUGAAAUGAUUUGGAGAAGAGGAGUGUUUUCUCUUGAGAAUGAGCAUUUGAGUCCACAAGAGAUCGUCGAUCGAGUCAAGAAACCGCCGAUUUCUGAUGAUGAGCUCUUUCGACCGUUUGUUCCCGAGCCACAAGAAGGAGAAGAGCCAGAAGAGAGCUCGCUGAUCGAUUUGAUGCAUAUGUGUUGGGCGGAGAACCCCACAGAGCGCCCUGACUUCAGCUUUGUUCGAAAAGUGGUCCGGAGUCUCAACAAAGAAAAUGAGACGUCAAACCUGGUGGACAACUUGUUGAAGCGGAUGGAGCAAUAUGCGAACAAUUUGGAGGGACUUGUUGAAGAAAGAACUCAAGAAUAUCUGGCUGAGAAGAAGAAAGUCGAGGAAUUGCUUCAUCAAUUGUUGCCUCCAUCAAUCGCUGAUCAAUUGAUAGCCGGUAAAGCUGUCCAAGCUGAACAAUAUGAGAGUGUCACUAUCUAUUUCUCGGACAUCGUCGGCUUCACCUCAUUAUCCAGCAUGUCUACACCAAUGCAGGUCGUCACCCUUCUCAACGAUCUCUACAUGGCGUUUGACGGAGUGGUCGACAACUUUAAGGUUUACAAAGUGGAGACAAUUGGUGACGCCUACAUGGUGGUUUCCGGUUUACCGGAAAAGAGAGACGAUCACGCGUCACAGAUUGCGCAAAUGAGCAUCGCUUUAUUGCAUAAGGUGAAAAACUUUGUGAUUCGACACCGACCAAACGAGCAGCUCAAGUUGCGGAUUGGGAUGCAUUCGGGCUCGGUGGUGUCUGGAGUGGUUGGCUCAAAGAUGCCGAGAUAUUGCCUAUUCGGUGACACUGUCAACACCGCAUCGAGAAUGGAAAGCAACGGGCUGCCUCUUCGAAUUCACGUGUCAACAGAGGCGAAAGAAAUGCUCACCGUUGACCCCGGUUUCCGGUUGGAUCUCCGCGGCGAAGUGGAGAUGAAAGGAAAGGGAAGACAAACGACAUAUUGGCUAAAGGGUUACAACGGGAUCGACAUUCCGGAUUUCGGGCCAGACUUCCGG